GUAUUUCUAACAACCGCAUCAUUCGUCAUGAGAGAGCCGAUUGAUAAUGCACUCGCUUCCGACUACUUUCGGGCAGAAGUACCCGAUGAGAUGAAGGGUGGGCUUGAAACUUCGUGGUGCUUGGAGUCGCCAACGUUCCAAGAGACGGGUUCUGUACCAGAAUCCUAUCAAAAACUUCAAUCUUCACCACUUGCAUCCACCUUGACUUCCUACCCGCUGUCUCUUGAUGGCAAGGCAGAGUCGACGAAUCACGUUUUUCUCACUCGUGAUGAGUCGUCGCACACUAAGCAACUUAGUCCGACUUUCUUGGUACCAAGUCUGGCACAUUUUGAAUCGAAAUCUCCACGCUCGCUUCAUCUUAGCAGAUCACCACUCGACAAUCUACAAGCAGAGUUAAAGAAGUAUGGUCAAAUGGAAAACAACUGGAAUGAGGAGCUGGACAAGCGGCAGAAACCAGAUCAGGAAAGCAACACAUCUGGCACUCAGGACUGGAGUUUUGUGAAAAGACGAUUAGAAUUACCUGAACACAUUCCGAACCAUGAUUGUCCAAGUAUGACAACGGGUAGUACCCUAAGCAGCCGCAACUCAUCUACAAGAUCAACUAAAUCCAACAAGUGGACGGAAACCGAGGUACCGACGAAAGGCAGAUGUCCCAUCCCGGAAUGUGGUCGCAUGAUGAGAGAUCUCGCCGCGCACCUUUUGACUCAUCAAGCCGAACGUCCUGAGAAGUGCCCCGUCGAUACCUGCGAAUACCACACAAAAGGAUUCGCGCGGCCUUAUGACAAGGUUCGACAUACUCUAACGCACUUCAAUGGGAUGUUCGCUUGCCAGUUCUGUACUUCAUCAGUUGCUGUCAGUGCGAGGACAUUCUCACGCUGCGAUGCUUUUCUUCGGCACCUUGUCAAUGCGCAUGAUGUUGAACCAGUGUCACCGGGGCGCAGAGACGAAUUAUGUUCGACUAGACCUAACAAGCCCACUAAAAGAUUCGCUGCUGGAAAUUCGGUCGUCACAUGUACAUUAUGUACAGAGCCUUUUGAUGCGCAGGGCUACUACGAGCAUCUAAGAGGAUGUGUACUGCGCCAUGUUACCAGGAGAUUCUCCACCCCGGAUACCCGAGAACUUGCCGCUGUGGAGACUGUCGAACGUAUAGACCACUGUCCUGACAACUCGAUUACUAGCACCUCCAAAUCCGGUCGCGCGUCGAGUACGCUCAAUCGUGCUAAGCGCGCAAGCACAUCCAGUCAAGAAAUCGAAUCACCUGCCAACCAUCACCGGAGCAACUCGCGAGAUCACACAAUGGCAGAGCUUACUGCAUCGUCACGAUGCCUAUCUCUAACUUCGUCCCACUGUGAUAGGGAACUCAGUCGAUCGUCAACCGAUGAAGAGACCGAUUGGACAGAUGAUGCUGGUACUCCCGAUAGUGCUCCCGACACGGAAGACUUCAAACCCAUAUUAUCGCCCGUGAAGACACAGCUGGUAAAUUCCAUCAUGGCUGAGUUUCAUAGAAUGUUCGACAAAGAAUUACGAUCACAUCACAGCGGGGCAAGUUCAGGCGCCAGCGGCUAUAGAGAGUCGAGCGGGUCCUCGAGUUACUCCAGCGCGUCUUUCAUCUCGCGUAAGAGAAGCCUGAGUGGUGGCAGCACCCCUCCGGACAACAAUGAUGGAGACGAUUCUCAUAAACGGAGGCGACCCGACCCUAAAUCGGUUGGUGGCAAAAACGCGAUACCAGAGGUAAGGUUUGCUUGUCCUUACUACAAGCGCAAUCCUGGACGACAUCAAACCUUUACCUCAUGUCGCGAUCCUGGAUUUAUAACAGUGGCAAGGCUAAAAGAACAUCUUUACCGAAGACACCUGCUCCCAAUACAGUGCAACCGAUGCUGUUCCACUUUUGCAAAUGAGCCCAUUCUUCGAGAACACCAAAGGGACUUUCGAGGCUGUGAAGUCAAAGAACACAUACCACUCGAAGGUUUCGAUAAAGACCAAGAGAGAAAGCUCAAGAGCAAGAAGCGCAGCCUUGUCUAUCAAAGCGAAGAGGAUAAAUGGAAUGGAGUCUACAAGAUCCUUUUCCCGGACGACAACGAGGCCGAUAUGCCAUCACCAUAUAUUGAAUACCAGCCAUGCAACUCCGCGCAGAUCAACGAAACCCCCAACAUCGCACAGUUCCACGAGUUCUCCCGCCUGGAACUUCCCCGCCUCGUGCGCCGCACGCUAGAAGUGGCCGUCGAGCAAGAAGCGCAGCCUCUGGAGGAGAAGUUGAAGGAACGUCUCGUAGACAUCGUACGAGACUGCCAAUCGCAACUUAUAUCUCUUUUCCAAACAACGCAGGCGCGGCCGAUGAAGGUUUCAGAGCUUACACCACAUGCGCUUCUGCCCAUCGCCGCGACCGACGAGGAUGGCAAACCAUCUGCAAAUUCUGCCACAGAUCAGCACCGCAACCAGGAAAACGCCGGCACAUUUCAUCCCCAAUCGUUUCAAGACUUUGACUCCUUUGCGCUGGCGGUGACCGCGGAGAACUUCAUACCGAUACCCGCAACACGCGAUAUCGAUCAAUAUAAGCAGACGACGACCCAGGAUUCAUCCGGCUCGCCGGAUUCAGGCUACGACUCAAACACUGCUUGGCUACCUCGCUCCGAUGCAUCGAAUACAAUGGCCGUCCACCAACAUCAGCGUCACUUGCAGCAGCCUCAUCUGUCUUUUCAGCUGGAUGCAGCCACGUUCAAUCCUUCGGCGUCCAUGUACUCGCCGCAACAUCCUUUGGUCGCUACCUCUUUCCAACAGCAAGCAAACAUUCCGUUCAAUGGGGCAGAGUUUGCGACUGGGAUGAAUGGGUAUAGAGAAUUUCUUGGUGGAGCGUGUGAUGUGCGAUUUCCUGAGGAUGCAUGGACGGCGUAUGGGGAGGACAACAAUGGAAACAGGCAGGGCAGUCAAAUGAACACACUGCAAUGA